CGCUGGCUCUUUAAAAGCCCUCCACGCGGGCCCGGCCCGCCGCAGGAGCCGGGGCCCGAGGAGGAGACGAUGCCCUCCGAUCUGCUCACCCCCUUUGCGGAGCUGGACGAUCCGCUGUGCCAGGCCUUCCUGAGGCUGAACGUGGGGGAGGAGCCUGGCCUCGCGGCAAGAUGCCCGGUGGGAUACCAGCGCGCCUUCUCCGCCAGCCCGGCGGCACCGUCCGGCAGCGCUGAGCCCCUGGAGGAUGGCGUCGGCGCCUCCGAUGCCCACUGGUCUCUCCCCGGCCAGUGGGGCUGGGCCCCGGUGCUGCCCCGCACCAGCCUCCAGCGCAUCCCGUUCCGGGCGGAGCGCUCGGCCAGCGUGAUCGAGGGCUGCCGGGAGGGGGCGGCGGCCGCCUCGUCCCGCUACAAGACGGAGCUGUGCCGUACCUACGAGGAGAGCGGGGUCUGCAAGUACGGGGCCAAGUGCCAGUUUGCCCACGGGGCCGGGGAGCUGCGGGGCCUGAGCCGUCACCCCAAGUACAAGACGGAGCUGUGCCGGACCUUCCACACGGCCGGCUUCUGCCCCUAUGGCUCCCGCUGCCACUUCAUCCACAACGCCGAGGAGCAGCGCCAGCCCCCGCGCCUGGGGGGCCGCUCCCCCUCCUUCUCCCGCAGCGCCUCCCUGUCGCCCUCCGCCUCGCCGCCCGCCCCCGGGCCCUGCUGCUGCCGCCACCCCGCCGGGGAGCCCCCCUGUUUGGCCUUUCCGGCCACCGUCGCGCUGGGCCAGGACGGAGCAGGGGGUGCCCCGGCUGUCCCCGAUGCCUUCGCCUUCCCCGGGCAGCUGUCUCUGCAGAGGAGCCCUUCCUCCGACUCCCUCUCGGAUCAGGAGGAAUCGGGAGGCAGCAGCGGGUCGGAGUCACCGGGACUGGGGCCCAGCGGGCGCCGGCUCCCCAUCUUCAGUCGCUUGUCCGUCUCCGACUAGCAGGUGUGCGGCGAACCGCCAGCCUGGGCCCUGCCCCCACCCCUCUGCCGGGGCUCGCGCUUAAAUCGCUGCCUCUCCGCCUAGAGGCUGGGGCCGGUGGGGUGGGGAGGUACCGUAUCGGGUCAGAGCUGAAGGGGUUAAUCGGUUCCAGGGUUGAGUGUGUUGGGGCAAAAACCUCAGCCCUGCCCCACUCUGGGAUCAUGUGAUCAAUAACCCAUGGGGCAGAUCUUCUCCUUCUGGUGUAAAUCUGGGCUCACUCCAUUCCACUCCCAUUGGAGUCUGACCCCCGUAUUGCAGAAGGGGAGAGGAGAACUAGGCCUGGGAAGGGGGGGGUGCUUCCUCCCCCCUCCUCCCCAAUCCCACAUGCCUCAUACCAUUGCUUAUACCAGUGCAUGUUGCUGCUGGAUGGGACCGGGGAUGGAGUCUGGUAAACAACCGUGCAAGGAGGAAAAACCUCUCCCCGGCUUUCAGUGGUGAACACAGUCUGGGCUGUUCUUGCUUGGGGACAGGGGGAGGCCGAGACAUCCCGAGACCUCCUGACCUCCACCUCUCUGCAGCCUGGGUCUGUGGGUGGAUUCUGAGUCAGGUCUCCUGACCUAGAGGCCACUGCUGGAAACUCAGAUGCAUGACCGUGUGUCUUCCAAAACAAACAAAAAAAGGAAAGUAACACAACU